AUGACGGCCUUCAGCCUCUCCAAGACCCAAGAGGUCGUCCUCUUCAGCUCCACAGCCAUUGCGCUGUACGGCUACGACCAAGGGAUGAUGUCUUUGAUCAAUACAAACCAGGACUACCUGCGGACCAUGGGAAUUGGCCCUGAGGAUCCCCUGGUUGGCAUCCUCGUAGCUGUCUAUUACCUGGGCUGUUCGCUCGGCGCCGUCCUCUUCUCCUACCUGUCAGACAACUACGGCCGGAAGAAGGCAAUCUUCGCCUGCCUGGCUACCGCGAGCCUGGGAAAUCUGAUCAUGUUUGUCACCGGGCUGGGCGGCUGGACGCAGAAUGCGAUCCACAUGUUCUGGGUCGGCCGUGUAAUCAUGGGCCUGGGUGUGGGCGGCAUCGACGCCGUCAUCCCCGUGUACAGUUCUGAGUUGAGCAGCGAUGGCGCGAGGGGCAAGGCGCUGGCGCAGGAGUUUCAAAUGAACAUAUUCGGGUUGAAUAUGGCAUUCGCUAUAAACCUUGCCGUGACCUACACGCUGGGCAAGGCCAACCAGUGGGCGUGGCGCACUCCCAUCGUCGUGAUGCAGGCGUACCCGGUGUUGCUCUUCCUGGUCAUCGGCAGGCUGCCUGAGAGCCCGAGGUGGUUUAUCUUCCAUGGCAAGGACGAUGAUGCGAAGGAGGCACUGAUCGAAAUCUAUGGCGAUGACGAGGGUGAGGAGAAGGCCAAAGAGUUGUUCGAGGCGCACGAGAAGGAGAAGGAUGACGAAGUAGUGACCUACCUCAACAUGCUGACUCCUGGGAAGCCUACGUUCCACCCUACCGUGAUUGUACUCAUGGGCCAGGUAAACCAGGCCUUGACCGGAUAUGGCGCAGUUUCGGUGUAUGGUCCUCAGAUCUUCGAACUUCUCGGAUUCAGCGUCAGGAUGGCAGAGUACGUCACACAGGCCAAUUACGUCUCUUACUUUUUCCUCAUGACCUUGGCCUGGAUCCUCAUCGACGCCGUCGGCCGCCGCAAGCUCCUGCUUGGCGGCAGCGUAGCACUCACCACCUGCUUUGCGCUUCUCACGCUCUUUGGCGCGCUCGCCAUGAACUCGACAUCCCAGGACAUUGGCGCGUCUGCAAUCCUUGGCACAGUCACGCUCUUCAUCGCCACUGGGGCCUUUGGGAUCGGCUGGCUCGCGACCGUGUGGCUCAUCCCCACGGAAAUCUACGCAACGACGGCAAGGGCGCAAGCAUCUGCGAUAUCCGUGAUUGUGUGGGGCCUUGCGAACUUCGCUGUUACACUUCUCAGCCCCCUCAUGUUCAACAAUCUCAAGUACUGGAUCUUCCUGAUCUUUGCGGCCACGAACGCCUUCGCUGGCAUCUGGACCUACAUCUACCUCCCAGAGAGCGGCGGGCGGAGCUUCGAGGAUAAUCAGCAAUUUUUCAUCGACGCGAAGGAGGAGGGCACUUGGAGGGUUGCCAAGGUGUCGGGUGGUGUGUAUAGAAGACUUGCUUAUGGAGGCACCCUGGAGGGCGAGAACGAGCCUCUGUUGCAGAGAUUGCAGGAUCAGGUCCAGGAACUCUGA